GAGUGUUCAAACAAAUAAUAAUAAUAAUAAUAAUAAUAAUGACGAUACACUAUGCGCCCACGUCGAGCACCGUGUAUUCCGCAUAUCGUGCGCGUUUUAUACUUCUGUCGUUUCUUCGUCCGCCGUCUCGGCAGUCCGCGAACACCCGUACCGACGAAAACGUCUGCCGCCACAGCCGCCGUCGCCGUCGCCGCCGCCGCCGACCAUGACCCGCGGGCCGAUCGCGAUUGCCGUCGUACCGUUUAUACCGUCGUCUUCGUCUUUGCCGUCGUCGUCUUUGUCGUCGUCGUCGUCGUGGUUGUUGUUGUUGUCGUUGUUGUUGUUUUUGCCGCUGUCGUUGACGAGUGCCACCGCCGCCGCCGCCGGGUCGACGGUCGCCGUCGUCGGACGGCCCGUGGAGAUCCGCGCGGCCGUCAUACUGCCCGCCGAGUCCAAGUUCAUCGUUACGCUGUCCAAAGUGAUGCCCGUGCUGGACAUCGCAGUACGCGACCUGUACGCCAGGGGCAUACUCCGGAAAACGGACGUCACGUUCAGGUUCAUGCAAAAGGACGACAAGUGCGAGGACAUCGAGGCCAUGCGCUCCGGUUUCGAGCUGAUCAUCAACGGUCGCGUCGACCUAUUCCUGGGACCCACUUGCGAUUAUGGCGUCGGUUAGUUAACUAUUAUGAUAUACGGCAUUUUUAAACAAUGUAUUUACCAAUACGACUGUGAUGAAUACAAUAUAUAUAUAUAUUAUUACGAAACGAAACAUUUGAUUUGACCUUUGCUCAAUCGUAUAU